AUGCCGAAGCCGGCAAAGAAGGACGACGGCUUGACCGACAUGCAGCGAGGGAUGAAGACCAAGCUGGAGGGGGCACGAUUUAGGUGGAUCAACGAGCAGCUCUACAGCACUAAGAGCACCGACGCCGUCGACAUGAUGAAGAAGGACCCGAAGAUCUUUGCGGAUUACCACCUAGCGCACCGCGCGCAGACGGCGGCGUGGCCAUCUCCUCCCCUCCCUCACAUCGUGGACCAAAUUCGGCCUCUUCCGCGUGGCACCGUGGUCGUCGAUUUGGGAUGCGGCGACGCUGGGCUCGCGCGUGCUCUCGUGCCAGAGGGCAAGGUUGUGCUUUCCUACGACCUGGUCGGCGACGCGGGUGUGCCCGGCGCCGACGACAGCAAGACGAGCGCGAGCGGCGGCGGGGAAGGCUGGGUCGUGCAGGCCGACUUCCUGAGUCACGUACCGCUCCCCGGCCGGCCUGGUGGACUGGCAGUCACGGACGCCAGCAAGGGCUGGGCAGACAAGGGGAAGAAGCUCGGCAAGAAGGAGAAGCGGGACAAGGCGGCCAGCGAGGUCGUCGACGUCGUGGUAUGCUGCCUCUCGCUCAUGGGCACAAACUGGAUCGGAGGCGUGUACGAGGCCGCGCGCGUACUCAAGUUGGGGGGUACGCUGCACAUUGCUGAGGUCACAUCUCGUCUCGUGUCGCCCGACGCGUUCGCUGCCGCUGUGGCCAGCUUCGGCUUGGUGCUUGAGGAGCAGGCGCAGCCAAGCACGCACUUUACGCUCUUCCGUUUCACGAAGCGCGCUGUGCCUCAGGGCCCCGUGCGCGGCGAGGCGGGGUGGGACGCUCGUGUGCGAGAGGGAGAGGAUGUCCUGCGCGCGUGUGUGUACAAGAAGCGGUAG